AUGUAUCUGCUGAGAAGUCCGCCAGACCCUGAUCUAACAAUCCUUCAAAAGCUGAAGGUAUUUUUCGCGGGUCAUUGGAAAGGUGUCGUGAUAUUUGUUACGCCACUAGUUUUCUUGUUCAUGAUAGUUGGUGGAAAACCGACUUACAACUGGUGUGGAUACACCCUUAUAAUAAUGGGUAUAUUUUGGAUGACCGAAUGUCUGCCGCUGCCUAUUACUGCGCUUUUACCGUUGGUCAUAUUUCCUCUCGGCGGCGUGAUGAGUACCAUUGAAACUGCUUCGUGUUAUAUAAAUGAUACAGUUCUGAUGUUCUUAGGAAGUUUGAUGCUGGCAUAUUCAGUGGAGCAGUCUGGCCUUCACAGGCGCCUUGCAUAUUGCACUAUCAGGACGAUUGGAUACUCCCAUGUCAAGUUAUUACUGGCCAUUUGUAUUGUGACAACUUUCGUCUCGAUGUGGAUCACGAACACCGCGGCCACUACCAUGAUGGUGCCAAUCAUAUUUGCUAUACUUCGUGUUUUUGAUUCGCAAGGUAUCAUAAAAAUGUACGAAACUUCACCCGACGGUGAGAAAUGCGCAUCUGAUAUUACUGUUUGUUACUUCUGUUGUGCUACAUAUUCUGCUACAGUAGGUGGUAUUGGUACUUUGAUUGGAACUGGUACAAAUUUGGUAUUCAAAGGUUUAUUUGAAACAAAAUAUCCAGAUGUAAAAGAAUAUUUAUCUUUUCCUUUAUUCUCUGGUUUUGGAGUGCCCUAUAUGAUUAUAUUGGAGCUAUUCGUGUAUCUAUGCUUAUCAUUUCAAUACCUAGGACUUGGUAGACCUAAGAGUAAAAUUGCUCAAAAAGUGAAGAUAACGGAUAAAGCAAAACUGGCGACACAAAGAGCAAUUGCAGAUGAAGUGAAAAAAAUGGGGAAAAUAACGUUUCACGAAAUUAUGGUGCUAAUACUAUUUGGAGGAGCAAUUAUUGCCUUCUUUUGUAGAUCUCCUGAAAUGUUUACUGGCUGGGGUGAUACACUUGAAAGCUAUUUUAAUGUGAGCAAGAGAACGAAAUUCAUAAGAGACUCUGCACUCUCGACAUUUGUUUUAUUCCUUAUGUUCCUGCUUCCAGCGACUUUAACAUUCUUCAAAAAUUGCACUGCUAAAUUUCAUGAACAUCUACCAACGGCUCCAAUUAGAUCUGUUUUGGACUGGAAAACACUUAAUGAUGUAAUGCCAUAUAGUUACAUGUUUCUUUUGGGUGGCGGUUUUGCCAUCUCAACUGCAGCAGCAGCCACUGGUAUGAACGAGAAGAUUAGCGAAUUUCUGUCAUUUAUGAAAAAUCUUCCGAAAGAAGUUGCACUCCUUGUUAUCACGGUGAUUGUGAUUUUGGUCACUAACUUUGCAUCAAAUGUCGCAGUUGCUAAUGUGUUCGUUCCGAUAUGUAUGGUGAUCGCAGAAGAAAUGAAGAUGCACCCACUCUGGGCUUGCAUUGCGGCUGGCUUCAGCGCGUCGAUGUGUUUCAUGCUGCCAGUUGGCACACCUGGGAAUUUGAUCGUCCAAGGGGCAGCGAAUAUCCGAACUAUGUCCAUGGUCAAAUGCGGUUUUGCUCCAACUGUAACAACUAUAUUUAUAUCUUGGAUGGCAUUUUCAUUUUGGGCGCCAAUGAUAUGGCCCGACGUAAAGAAAGAAACACCUUUUUAG